UUUGCUGCAGGUCCUCCAGGAACUGGCAAAACAUCCCUGUGUCGAGCGCUGGCCCAGAAACUGACCAUCCGACUUUCGAGCAGGUACCGGUACGGCCAGUUAAUUGAGAUAAACAGCCACAGCCUCUUUUCUAAGUGGUUUUCAGAAAGCGGCAAGCUGGUGACUAAGAUGUUCCAGAAGAUCCAGGACCUGAUAGACGACAAGGACGCGCUGGUGUUUGUGCUGAUUGACGAGGUGGAGAGCCUCACAGCGGCCCGCAACGCCUGCAGGGCGGGCACUGAGCCUUCAGACGCCAUCCGCGUGGUCAAUGCCGUCUUGACCCAGAUCGAUCAAAUUAAAAGGCAUUCUGAUGUUCCUGUGUCCUGUCCCAGCGGUGCCUGGGAAGUGAUCCCCGUUGGCGUUUCUGUGAGAUGUGAUGUGCUGUGUUCACUCGCUGAGUGCUGUCCUGUUGCUGACGUGUGCGUUCCGCCCUGUCCCCAGUGUCAGAUCAUAUACCCGCGCCAGCAGCUGCUGAGCCUCCGUGAGCUGGAGAUGAUUGGCUUCAUUGAAAACAACGUGUCCAAGUUGAGCCUCCUUUUGAGUGAAAUUUCAAGGAGGAGUGAGGGCCUCAGCGGCCGCGUCCUAAGAAAACUCCCCUUUCUGGCUCACGCGCUGUACAUCCAGGCCCCCACCGUCACCCUCGAGGGCUUCCUGCAGGCCCUGUCUCUGGCCGUGGACAAGCAGUUUGAAGACAGGAAGGAGCUUUCCUCUUGUGCUUGAUCUGGGCGCCUCUGCUGCGGUUUUCAAAUGGUGGACACGCAGGUCGCUGCCCUGGAAACCUCCGUCCAACGUGGCUGGGCCUGCAGAGCCCAGCGUGAUUGAAGGCCGUGUGCUGUACUUACACCCGUUCAAUGCACGUUGAAGACAGGCGGCCUGUCAUUUUCACUGUCUGAAAGGGUGGUAGUUCAGGUUCUGUUGUCUGCCUGUAAAGGACUAUGUAGAUGUGUUCAUUUCAUCCUCCCUCCGGUCAGUCAGACACAAAAUUUGUUUAAUAAAGAUGAUUGCUGUGGGUUAGGGAAACAAGGUUGUGAUCAUAGCAUUAAAAAUGUACACACCCCUCAGGGUAGGAGGCAGCAUUGUUACCUGAAUGAGCUUGUUUUAUUUAGUGCACAUUUCCGAGACUACUUCUUGAAUAAGGAAAACCUAUUCCUACGUUCUAGAAACCGAGAAAAAAAUUCUAAGUACAGUGUUCUUCACAAUGGUCAGACAUGGUCCUCUGUGGGCAAGGUGCAGCCCUCAGCGUUCAGCUGAAACGCGUGUCAAAUGCCCCUCGUAACCAGCGUUAUCACGGCUCAAAUGAAGAUUCAUGUUCACAGAUGUGAAAUAAAUUGGCCAAUAGUUGGUAUAGUCCACAGAAUAUUAUGUUUGUUUUUAUCUCAUGCUAAAAUAAAUUUCAUAUUAUUUCAUAAUAAAUAAUUAAAAGAAAAAAAAUAAA